AUGAACAAAAAGGAAGAUCUUACUCAACAGAACACAUCUGAAAGUGACAAUGAUGAAGUUGAUGGCAACAAUAUAUGUGGUUUCAGAAAGAAAAAAGGAGUCAAAGUUCCUACAAAGUACAUUCCUCCUUUAGAAAAUGAGAAGAUGGAGCUGUCCCGCACCUCAAAAAACCCAGAUCCUUGUCAUCUUCAAGGAAUCACUGGUUGCUCAGAACCACAACCAGACCAGACCCUUCAAACCAUGACUAGCCUUCCUCCAUUAGAAGAGAACAGAGAGGGUCAUGGAAGUUCCCAUCCUGACAGCGACGUGCAAGAAAAGUCUGGAGAAAUCCAGGAAAGUGCUGACACUGUUAAAAGAACAAUAGGAAAAAUGCAUGAGGAAAUAGAUACACCAGCUAAAAUGGAGCAGCACACAGGUGUGCAACCUGUGAGGAGCACAGGGAAAGCUGGCUGCCCAGAGGCAGCAUGCAGAGGAGAGGCCAGUAAAAAGGCAGAGAGUAAGCAAAAAGAAUGGGAUGGGAUGGAAGAAAAAGAUGUCAAGUUUCAUGUGACAAAGAUGGGCUCCCUGGGCAGUACUGUAACCACAAAAGGAACUGACACUGUAGAGACCUUCACAGGGGCACCUGACAUUUCUAAACUAAGUCUGCAAGAGCUGAAAAAUCUUCUGAGUGAAGGUCCUCUGCCUGCUCAUCCGCCCAAUUACAGUGGCAAGGCGGGUGGCACUUUUUCUCAGAAAAAUUUGAAGCCCCGGGAGAAAACAGCUGACAAGCUGGGCCGACCCUUUGAGACAUUUAGUCCCCAUUUUGGAAAGGAGAAUCGAAAGUACCAUAGCUUCAACAAGGAGGGACUGGGGCAGCAGAGCAAACCUCUCCUGAUCCUCAGCUCUGCCGGGUCUGAUCAGCAGCAGCCAUCUGGAAGCGACAUGGAUCAGCUUAUUCUGGGACUACCAGCAGCUCCUGCACAUGCAGAAAGCACACCUCCCGAGAUUCAGUUUGACUCUGCAGGCCACGCUGCGUCCAGCAGAGAGCCUGAUGUAAACGGCCUUGGAAGUCCAACUCUCCUUCACCUCUUCUCUCAUAUUGAAUUCAUUAAGCAGCAGAUGGCCAGGGACAGCAUACAGUUUGUCAGAUUUGAAUCAAUAGACCUCCAUGGUGUGUCAAGAUCAAAGAAUGUUCCUUCUCGCUUUUUUCAUGAGAAAGCAAUUCAUGGUGUGGCCAUGCCCAGAAGCUAUCUGGAGCUGACACUGAAUCCUAAAGAUAAUGAAUUCGAUUAUAUAAACGCGACCAAUUUUAAUUGCGACAUAAUCCUGAACCCUGAUUUAUCAACAUUCCGCAUCCUGCCCUGGACUGAGCAGACUGCGAGAGUGAUAUGCGAUUCCUUCACCGUGCUGGGCAACCCCCUCAUGACCUCCCCCAGGCACAUUGCCAAGAAACAGCUGAGUCAGCUUCAGGACAACGGCUUCUCUCUCCAGUCUGCCUUCACUUAUGAAUUUUGUAUUUAUGGCAUCACUGAGGUUGUAAAUUCGAAGACAAUAUCCUUCCCUGCAGCCACGAUACUAAAUAACCAUGACCAGACUUUCAUUCAGGAGCUCAUUGAAGGAAUGUAUUAUGCUGGUGCCAACAUUGAAAGCUUUUCUUCUUCCAGUGGGCCCGGGCAAAUGGAGAUCACUUUUCAUCCAGAAUUUGGCAUAGAUGCUGCUGACAGUGCCUUCACAUUUAGAACAGGCAUUAAAGAGGUGGCUAAGAAGUAUAACUACGUGGCUAGCUUUUUCUCAGAAUCGGGCUUCUACAAUUCAGGGGCUCUGUCACAUAGCCUGUGGGAUCUGAAUGGGCAGAAGAACUUGUUUUCUGCUGGUUAUGGAGUUGAGGAGCUCUCAGAUAUUGGAAAAAAUUGGUUAUCGGGUCUGUUGGCACACACAGCAGCUAUUAGCUGCUUGAUGGCUCCUACUACCAGCUGCCGUAAGCCUUAUUCUAAAUACAGUAAAGAAUCAAAAGAGACUGUAAAUGCAAAAUGGGCAUAUAAUGAUAACAGCUGUGCCUUUAAUGUCAAAUGCCAUGGUGGAAAAGGCACUCUCAUAGAGAAUAAAUUAAGUUCUGCCACAGCAAACCCAUAUCUGGUGCUUGCUGCCACUAUUGCUGCAGGACUAGAUGGAGUGAAGAGAGGACUCAGGUAUGAUGACAUGCUCCAAGAAGAAAAUCACACUGCUGAUCUAAAACAUUCAUCAGUCCCUCUGAAACUAGAAGAUGCUCUUGUUGCACUAGAGAAAGAUUCAUGCAUUAAGGAAGCAUUAGGUGAAACUUUUAUCCGAUACUUUGUUGCCAUGAAACAUUAUGAGUUAGAAACUGAAGAAAUGGAUAGUGAAAGGAAUAAAUGCCUGGGGUAUUUUAUUUAG